GAGGACAUCACAAAGAUCAUGAAAGGCCAGGUCAGUGCUCAGCCCCCUCCGCCCCGCGCACUCCGCAGCCCUGGGCAGCCCCACACGCUCCCUCUUCCCCACAGCACUGGAAGCCCGAGAAAAUGUUCCAAGAGGCUGAAAAAUUCUUCACCUCCCUGGGGCUGCUUUCCACCCCUCCUGAGUUCUGGAAAAAUUCCAUGAUGGAAAGGCCAACGGACGGGCGGGAGGUGGAGUGCCACGCGUCCUCCUGGGACUUCUACAACGGCAAGGACUUCAGGAUAAAGAAGUGCACCGAGGUGACCAUAGAAGACCUGCUCUCCAUCUUCCACCAGAUGGGCCAUAUCCAGUACUUCCUGCAGUACAAGAACCUCUCCGUAAUCUUCCGCAAAGGUGCCAACCCAGCCUUCGAAGAAGCUGUGGGGUCGGUGGUCACCCUCUCGGCCUCCUCCCACAAGUACCUUCUUAACCGAGGACUGCUCAGCCACCAGCACCAGGACUCAGAGGAGGAGGUCAAUUUCCUGAUGGGCAUUGCCCUGCAGAAGAUCGCCUUCAUCCCCUUCGCCUACCUGGUGGACCUGUAUCGCUGGAAGGUCUUUGAUGGCACCAUCCAGAAGGCUGUCUACAACCAGGAGUGGUGGAGCCUCAGGCUGAAGUACCAGGGUCUGUGCCCUCCUGUCGCUCGGUCAGAGGAAGACUUUGAUCCAGGUGCCAAGUUCCACAUCUCUGCCAGCCUGCCCUACAUACGGUACUUCAUCAGCCUAGUGCUCCAGUUCCAGUUCCACGAAGCACUCUGCAAGGCCUCGGGCCACAUGGGACCGCUACACCGCUGUGACAUCUAUAACUCCAAGGAGGCUGGGAAGCUCCUGGAGGAUGUCCUAAAGCUGGGCUGGAGCAAGCCCUGGCCAGAAGUCCUGGAGAAGAUAACUGGGGAGACCAAGAUGUCUGCAAAGGCCCUCAUGACCUACUUCAAGCCGCUGCUGGACUGGCUGGUCACUGAGAAUGUGCGGCACGGGGAUAUCUUGGGCUGGCCAGACUUCAGCUGUUCCUUUGAAGAAAAAGAGACAGACAGAGUGGCAUUCCUGGAUCUGGAGCUGGACCCUGACCAGGCCAAAUUUGGGCAGUGGAUGUUACUGGCCCUGAGCUUUGUCAUGUUCUUGGUGGUCCUGCUGCUGGCCUACAGGCUGUACACCCUGCAAAAAAGGUUACUGACCCAAGACACCAGUGCACAGGACACCAGCGCUCAGGACACCAGCGCACAGGACACCAGUGCACAGGACACCGAUGCACUCAAGACGCCACCCAAAGCCUACUUCCUGGGCAUAGCCAUGGAGCCCCACCAGGUUGCCAAAAGACAGUGGAUGCUGCUGGGACUCUGCCUCAUCCUGAUGCUGUGCUCAAUCAGCCUGAUCAUUCGGAUUUCCACACAGCACAACAGGGUGCCUCCGUGGAUGAGAUCUGACUGGUGGAGUUGGGACUAGACACCAGUGCGACUGCCAGCCUGCCUGCCCCCAACACAGGGGCAGCCAGGACAACUCUGCCCCCCACAGGAAGCCGCACUUGCAGCCCUCCCAUCCCUCAGCCACAGUGGCCAGCGAGGCCCCCAUCAUACAUUGUGGCUCUGCAUGGCAAAGGCACACCCAGCCCAGGACUCCAAGCCUCUCACCUGGACUCCAGCAAAAACCUCACUGAGCCUCCUUGUCCAUUCUCCCUCUCCCACUUGCUAUUGUAAAGUUUCUUUCACUAGAAUAUUUCCUUCAUGUCUAACUGCUUAAGAACUUUGUUGUCCAUCAAUUAAAUUUAGACGCUCAAAAUGGGAUCUGAAAGUCUUUAUCAAUUCCCUUUUUCUCCCACUUUACCUCUCCCAUCCC